AUGGUUCGUAAGCGCACAACUGCAUCAAAAAAACGCGUGUUAACGCUGGCCAACGAGCAGAACUCGGAUUUUAUCCUGAAAGGCUUUUCAGAACCAACCGUAUUUAAAGCGCUUGGGCCAGCCUCGACGAAACUCGAAAAAAAUGGUACAAAUUCCGUCAAAUUCGGUCAGUCGGUCAAAACCGGAAGUGAUUCGUCGAAUGCUAAGCGGGCUAGUUCAUCGUUCAAAAGAACGAUUAAUUCUUCAACGGCGUCGUCGAAACAGAACAAUGGGAACAAUCUUCCGGAUUCGACAAUGCCUAAAUCUGGAUCCGACAAGCCAAGUGGCGAGCCCGCCACCAAAAAACGGUCCCAAGGCAAACGAACAAAGAGCGGCGUCGAACCGGAACACACAUUUUCCGGGAAUAAUCUGGCUAGUAUGAAGCAAGUUGGUUUGCCAGGCGAAAAAUCGGAGGGACUUACAACCUUUCCCAUUGAACAAAUUCCGGUUUCUUAUGCGAUUCCUUAUCUAAAGCCUUCACGUAUUGAAACAGGUCAAGAAAUGUCUUGCCGACACUGCAUCUUCCAUGGUUUUCAAACAGUAUUCUCAUUUUUACAGCAAAUGUCUAAGUCUGUUGAUUCAAAUGAGAAUGCCAAGAGCUGGGUUGUCGCUAAACCAAGAUUCCUUACUGGACAAAAAGUCGGAAAUAGUGCAGGACAAGAGGAGCCGCAACAUUCAGAUGAAGACACGUCGGCGGAUUCUGACAUGGAAAAUGAUUUUCUUGGAUGGGAUAUCAGCGAAGAUGAACUGGUAAACAAGAGUGUGCACGAACCGUUGACUUCUCAAGAGAAGGUCCUAGAAUGCUCAUGCGGAUUGGCAGAGGAAGUGGCCAAGCUGAAAUAUGACAACUUCGAACUAUAGAGACAGAACAGAUACCUGAAGAAACGUAAGGACACUAUUUAGCGAUCUCAUGCAAGGAUGCAGGAAGCUUUGAUGUCGAAGCUUUUGCCUUCGACUCACAAACCGUUUGAGAAUGUCACUGGAUAUCCUGAUUGUCCGAGCGCAGACAAUGUAUCGAAGAUGUCCAUGGUGGCAAAAGACAGUGAUUACAUCUUCGUGAAGCUGCUCAUGUAUGCUAUCUGUCCAGAUGGGUUUGAAGGAAAAUCAGUAACGGGACGCUCUUUGAACAAUCCAAAGGGUCGUGGCAAGAAAAAUGUCGAUGAUGCUCAAGAAGAUGCCAAUUUCCGAACAAUUUCUGACCGCACGGCGCUUGAGAAAAACAAAGUGCAAUUUGUCAACGAUUGUCUCCAUGAGCGUCGGAUCCUGCUGAAUGAUACAACAUUGGUGGCUCAGAAAGUUGCUUCUAAAUGCAACCGACUUAUGCAAAACGUGAUAAGUAACUGUAAUCGGUAUAAAACCUCUUCGUAA